UCGUUCUUCCCUUUUCUCUCUUCAACUCUUUUGUCUUUUUUCCUUUUUUCUUUUCUUUAAUUUCCUUUAAUUAAUUACACAUUGUACUAAUUAAUCGUAAUAAAUGGGUUCGAGUAAACUUAAACGAGCCAUUGGAGCCGUUAAGGACCAAACCAGCGUCGGUCUAGCCAAAGUCAACGGUCGAAGCGCUUCUCUAUCAGAGCUUGACGUAGCCAUCGUCAAAGCGACUCGUCACGAAGAGUUCCCUGCUGAAGAGAAAUACAUCAGAGAGAUUCUUAGCCUGACUUCUUACUCACGCAGUUACAUCAACGCUUGCGUUAACACCCUCUCCAGACGCCUUAACAAAACCAAAUGCUGGACCGUCGCUCUCAAAACCUUGAUUUUGAUCCAACGCCUCUUGGGAGAAGGAGAUCAAGCCUACGAGCAAGAGAUCUUCUUCGCCACCCGCCGUGGGACUAGGCUUCUCAACAUGUCUGAUUUUAGGGAUGUUUCCAGGUCUAAUUCUUGGGAUUACUCUGCUUUUGUAAGGACUUACGCCUUGUACCUUGACGAGAGGCUUGAUUUCAGGAUGCAAGCUAAACACGGGAAACGCGGAGUUUACUGCGUUGGAGGAGAAACCGAGGAAGAUGAGCAAGAUCAAGCCGCGGCUGAUCUCUCCACGGCUAUCGUGGUCAGGUCACAACCCAUCGCCGAGAUGAAAACAGAGCAGAUUUUCACCAGAGUUCAACAUUUGCAGCAGCUUCUUGACCGUUUCUUGGCUUGUCGUCCAACAGGUAAUGCGAGGAACAACAGAGUUGUAAUUGUGGCUCUGUAUCCGAUAGUGAAGGAGAGUUAUCAGAUAUAUUACGAUGUAACAGAGAUCAUGGGGAUUUUGAUCGAUCGAUUCAUGGAGUUAGAUAUUCCUGAUUCCAUCAAGGUCUAUGACAUUUUCUGCCGGGUUUCGAAACAGUUUGAAGAGCUCGAUCAGUUCUACUCAUGGUGUAAGAACAUGGGGAUCGCACGGUCCUCUGAGUAUCCAGAGGUAGAGAAGAUCACACAGAAGAAGCUUGAUCUCAUGGAUGAGUUUAUAAGAGACAAAUCUGCUCUAGAACAGACCAAGAAUUCAAAAUCUGUCAAAUCUGAGGCCGAUGAAGAAGAUGAUGAUGAGAGAACACAGGAAGUGAAUGAAGAGCAAGAAGAUAUGAAUGCAAUCAAGGCCUUACCCGAACCUCCAUCAAAAGAAGAAGAAGAAGACGAAAAGCCUGAGGAAGAAGCAAAGGAAGAAGUGAUCAUAGAGAAGAAACAAGAAGAAAUGGGUGAUUUACUGGAUCUUGGUAAUGCAAACGGCGGUGAAGCAGCAGAAGCUGGAGAUAGCUUGGCACUGGCUUUAUUUGACGGGCCAUACGCGAGCGGUUCAGGUUCAGAGUCUGGCCCAGGAUGGGAAGCGUUUAAGGAUGAUUCCGCGGAUUGGGAAACAGCUUUGGUGCAAACAGCAACAAAAUUGUCCGGACAAAAGUCGGAACUCGGAGGAGGCUUUGAUAUGUUGUUGCUUAACGGAAUGUAUCAGCAUGGCGCUGUAAACGCAGCCGUGAAAACAUCGACGGCUUAUGGAGCCAGCGGAAGCGCAAGCAGUAUGGCAUUUGGUUCCGCAGGAAGACCAGCAGCAACUAUGCUGGCACUUCCAGCACCAGCAACGGCAAACGGAAACAGCGGAAACAAUAACAGUCCGGUUCCCAUGGAUCCAUUUGCAGCGUCAUUGGAGGUUGCGCCGCCACCAUACGUGCAAAUGAAUGACAUGGAGAAGAAACAGAGGAUGUUGAUGGAAGAACAGAUGAUGUGGGACCAAUACUCUAGAGAUGGACGACAAGGACACAUGAAUCUAAGGCAAAACCAAAACCAAAACCAACCUUACUCUUACACACCUCAAUACUGAUUGUGAGACGUAGAUGGA